AUGGCUACCAAGGGUGAUCACGAGGUUCAACACCUUCGCAAAGCAGCCGAGAAUGAGGUCGAGGAGAAGUUGGGCCAGUCGGCCAUCUUUGAGGCGAAGCAAGCCUCUGAUGAUGAGCACGCACAGACUUUGAUGCAAGCCCUGUCCCAGAACCGAAAGGCAGUGUUUUGGUCCGUCAUGAUUUCUAUGUCUAUCGUCAUGGAAGGAUACGAUGUCAUUCUGAUCAACAAUUUCUUUGCAUACCCCGAAUUUCAGAAGAAAUAUGGCAGCUGGUAUGGCGAUGCGAUCGGCUACCAGGUCUCUGGGCCGUGGCAAACUGGUUUGACCAUGGCUGCCACAACCGGUGCCAUCUUCGGCGGUCUCAUGAACGGCUUUUUCGCAUCCAAGUAUGGCUACCGCUGGGUCAUGAUCGUCGCAAUGGGAUUCCUCAACUGCUUCAUCUUUGUUGUCUUCUUCGCUCAUUCUGCCGCCAUGCUCCUCGUCGGACAGAUUCUUUGCGGCUUUUCGUGGGGCGUGUUUGCCACACUCAGUCCAGCAUACGGUAGGCCUCCAUCUUCAGACUCCAGUCUUCUUGAUCCACUGCUCAUUAGGGAUUUCUCAGCUUCUGAGGUCUGUCCGACGAACCUUAGAGGAUACAUGACUACCUACGUCAAUCUUUGUUGGGCGACGGGCCAGCUUAUUGCCGCCGGCGUACUUCGUGGCUGUCUCAGUAUUGAGGGUGAGAUGGCGUACAGGAUCCCCUUUGCAAUCCAAUGGUUGUGGCCAAUUCCUUUGAUGGUCAUCUCAUACCUCGCCCCCGAAAGCCCCUGGUUUCUCGUCCGUAAAGACCGACUCGAUGAAGCUCGUCGAUCAAUCGAAAGACUCAGCGGCGACAAGACUCAAGACCAAAUCAAUGCUCAAUUGGCCAUGAUGGUCCAUACUACCAAGGUUGAAGCUGGUGUCACGAGUGGCGUCUCAUACAAGGACUGCUUCAAGGGUGUCGACCUCCGACGUACGGAAAUCUGCUGCAUCGCCUUCGCUGGACAAGUCAUGUCUGGCAGCAGCUUUGCAUACACCCCGACGUAUUUCUUCACGACCGCCGGCAUGAACACGGCCAAUGCUUUUGAAUUGAGUCUUGGUGCGAAGGGAAUGGCUUUUAUCGGUACCUGCCUUUCCUGGUGGCUCAUCACUCAUUGGGGCCGUCGCCAGAUAUAUGUUACCGGCAUGGGUAUUCUGACGGUGAUACUGUUCAUCAUCGGUAUUCUCGACGUUUCUGCUGGCAAGAAAGGCUUAUGGCCGUCUGGUGGCUUGUGUGUUUUCUGGCUCUUCAUCUACUCCCUUACCAUUGGUCCGAUCACUUACAGCGUAAUCAGCGAGACUUCCUCAGUCCGCCUUCGGCCGUUGACUGUCGUUCUGUCUCGAAACGCGUAUCAACUAGUAAAUAUCGUUUCGCAGGUCUUACAGACUUACAUGAUGAACCCCACAGAGUGGAACUUGCGCGGGAAGGCUGGGUUCUUCUGGGCCGCCACCGCUUGCACUAUCUUCGUUUGGUCCUUCUUCCGUCUACCUGAGGCUAAGGGACGGACAUAUGAGGAGCUGGACAUUCUCUUUGCACGUGGCGUCCCGGCCAGAGAGUUCUCCAAGACUCAUGUGGAUGCAUAUGCGUCCUCCAGCCAGGUUGAGGAUGUUCACCAUGCGACCCCGCCGAAGGAAGACUUAUGA